AUAAUUAAACUGAAUGUACGAAUAUUGUACAAUUACCGUAAGAAAGCUAAUGGAAUUUGUAAUGUAUUUCUGGCAUUUUAUGUGUCGUAUUCAAUUAAGACAUCUAGCCUUAAAUUGAAUUUUUCGCUGUAUUACUUUUAAAAGUUUGUAAAAUAAUGUCGUCAAGACCUAAAACUGUUUGUGAAAUAUGCGGUGAAUCAUUCUUGACAGAAAAUAAAUUAUCAAAUCACAUAACAGAACGACACGUACAUUCCUCCACAAAUCCACCACAUAGUGUUUGUUCAUCAUCCAAGCGUCGUAAAUUAGAUGACUCUGAUAUGAGAUGUCCACUCUGUGAUUAUGUAGAUCUGGAUGCUGAUCGUUUACAGCAACAUGUUAAUCGUAUGCAUUUUGAUCCCGGCAGUCCAAGGAGACCUGGUACUGUAGACUUUCCAUGUCCUAUCUGCCCAUUAGCUUUUGACCAGUGUGAUCAUUUAGAGACUCAUAUUAAUGAAGAACAUCAUGAUAUUGUUAGCCCACAAUUGGAUUCUGAUAGUCAAAGGAUACCAUUACUUGAAAAUAUUAAUGAAGGCUGUGUAAUUUGUGGAAUGAAAAACUUUGACAGUUUAAGAGACUUGGAUGCACAUAUUGAACAACAUUACAGAGGUUCAACACCGCCCACUGACCAUUUGCCUGAUCAAGAUCAACUAUUAGCUAAACAACUAGAAAAACAAGAACGUGAACGAAUGAAACAAAAAGAAAAAGAAGAUUUUCAAAAAUUACAAGCUGCUUAUGGUAUGGAUAAUAAAGGAAAUUAUAAUCAGCAAACAAUGGCUAAUUUACAAGCAGCUGUUUCAAGUGGUGAAAUGUCUGUUUAUGAUUACUAUGAAAAGAUGUACGAAAUAAAAAUUGCAGAAAGUAAGGGACUUGAUACAGGUGCUUCUGCUACAAGAGAUUUGAUUGAAUAUAUUCGUCACUUCAGUAUGGCAUCUCCUAAUGUAAAUGAAGUACAUUUGGCAUCACCAACUGAUCAUUACAGAUCAACUUAUGGAGAUAAAGGCUGGGGUUGUGGGUAUAGAAAUAUGCAAAUGUUGAUGUCUAGUAUGCUGUUACAAUUGGAUUAUAAUGAGCACAUUUCACGAGUCUGGGAAGUAGAAAAAGGACCACUUCCACGAUCUUGGAUGCCAUCCAUUUCAAGGCUGCAACAACAUUUGGAAAAAUCUUGGAGCAUGGGAAUCGAUGAACCUGGCAAAGAACAAUUAGGGGGAACAGUAUAUAAUACAAAAAAAUGGAUAGGUGCUACAGAAGUAGUAACAAUGCUCACAGCUUUAAGAAUUAAAUCUCAAAUAGUUGAUUUCUAUAAGCCCACUGGACCAAAAAACACCCAUCCAGAAAUGUUUCGAUGGUUAUACAAACAUUUUAAUGACAGAAGUAAAAAAUAUAUACCUCCAGUUUACAUUCAACACGAUGGUCAUAGUCGAACAGUUGUUGGUGUUGAAAAAUUAUCAGAUGGAACAAUUUUAUUGUUACUGUUAGAUCCUAGUAAUCAUUAUGAUAAAUUAAGGACUGAAAGUGGAAUGAAUACUAUGGCACACAUACGAAAAUCUUUACAUACUUUAAAAUCUAAACAGUAUCAACUAGUGACUGUCAGAGGAAUAAUGACAAAUGAUACAGAUUUUGAAAAUAGUAAGUCUAUAAUAUCUGAUCGCAUACCAUAGCAACACGAGUAUGAGAACUGUAUGAGUGAUAACUAUUCAUUAAAAUGGAGUUGUAAUAUAUAUCCAUAAUUUUAACCACAUAGUAUAUUUUAGUUUUUGUUAUGUAAAUACAUGUUAAACUCUGUUGCAUAAAUUAUAGGUUUUGUGCAUGUGUGUGCUUUAUAUUUAACUAUUAAGUUUUAUGAUAUGUUAAUAUUUAACAAAUUAUUUAAUCUAAUGUUUAAACUUUAAAAUAAUAAAAAUUACUAUACACAAUGAA